UUGAGUUAAAUCUUAAUUUAAUUUCGAUAUUUUUCUUUUUUUCUUCUUUUUUUUUUUUUUUACUUGUUUCACAACAGCCGUUACUUCGCCCGGGUGAGGGGGGAUGUUGACGGUGUAACACCAGACCAGAGACAAGAGUCUUUUCGCGUCUUUUAGCUAACUGUUCACUUUUAAACAAUUUUAAAUAGAUUAGUUUAACAUAAUUUAGCCCAACUCCAAUGAGUGCCAGAGAGCACAGUGAUGAAGGCAGCAAACGGAGGGUGGCGUAUGUCUACAGCCCGGAGUACAUCGAGACUUGUGACACUUUAUCCAAAGUCCCAAACAGGGCGAGUAUGGUCCACUCCCUGAUAGAAGCUUAUGGACUGCUUCCACACAUGAGCGUUGUAAAACCUCGAGUUGCCACAAUGGAAGAGAUGGCCAUGUUCCACACAGAUUCCUACCUGGAGCAUCUGCACAAGAUCAGCCAGGACGGAGACAACGAUGACCCCCAGUCAGCCGACUACGGCCUGGGCUAUGACUGUCCUGUGGUGGAGGGCAUAUUUGACUAUGCGGCGGCGGUAGGGGGCGCUACUCUGACGGCAGCCGAGUGUCUGCUGGAGCAAAACUGCAAAGUGGCCAUAAACUGGGCGGGAGGCUGGCACCAUGCUAAAAAGGAUGAGGCUUCGGGGUUCUGCUAUGUGAACGAUGCUGUGUUGGGGAUCCUCAAGCUGAGGGAGAAAUUUGAGCGGGUGCUGUAUGUGGACGUCGACCUGCAUCAUGGAGAUGGUGUGGAGGAGGCCUUUAGUUUCACAUCCAAGGUUAUGACGGUUUCUCUGCACAAGUUUUCUCCUGGAUUUUUUCCCGGCACUGGUGACGUCUGUGACACGGGGCUCGGAAAAGGCCGUUGGUACGCUGUGAACAUCCCGCUGGAGGACGGCAUCCAGGACGACAGAUACUUCCAGGUUUUUACCAGCGUGAUGCAGGAGGUGCGGUCGCAGUUCAACCCGGAGGCCGUACUGAUGCAGCUGGGCGCCGACACCAUGGCGGGCGAUCCCAUGUGCUCCUUCAACAUGACCCCUGUGGGGGUGGCCAAAUGUCUGCUGCACGUCCUGCAGUGGCAGCUACCUACCCUGCUGCUGGGAGGAGGAGGUUACAACCUGGCCAACACGGCCCGCUGUUGGACGUUCCUGACCGCGACGGUCCUGGGAAAGACGCUGUCCUCAGAAAUACCCGACCACGAGUUUUUUACAGAGUACGGACCAGACUACUCGCUGGAGAUCAGUCCGAGCUGCAGACCGGACCGCAACGACAGCAAACACCUGGAGCGGGUCAUCAGCACCAUCAAAGGGAAUUUAAAGAAUGUGGUUUAGGACCUGGCAGCCUCAGCCAAACUCCACACACAUACACACA